GAGCCUGAUUCUGAAUUCACAGUUACUCAGGCUGCUUGGAGUUUGAAAACACGAGCUCUAACAGAAAUGGUUUAUGUGGAUGAAAUUGAUAUAGAUCAGGAGGGAAUAGCAGAGAUGAUGCUUGAUGAAAAUGCCAUUGCUCAAGUUGCACGCCCAGGAACUUCUUUGAAACUCCCUGGAACCAGUCAAGGUGGAGGUCCCAGUCCAGCUGUUAGGCCAGUGACUCAGUCAGGAAGACCUGUUACAGGGUUUGUGCGACCCAGCACCCAAAGUGGACGACCUGGCACUAUGGAACAGGCUAUAAGAACUCCCAGAACUGCUCAUACUGCUCGCCCAAUUACUAGUGCUUCUGGAAGAUAUGUCAGACUAGGAACGGCCUCUAUGCUCACAAAUCCAGAAGGUCCUUUCAUAAACUUGUCUAGAUUGAAUUUAGCAAAAUAUGCUCAAAAACCAAAGUUAGCAAAGGCAUUGUUCGAAUACAUUUUUCACCAUGAAAAUGACGUUAAGAAUGCUUUAGAUUUGGCAGCACUUGCCACAGAGCAUGCACAGUACAAGGACUGGUGGUGGAAAGUCCAAAUUGGGAAAUGCUACUAUAGGUUAGGAUUGUACCGUGAAGCAGAAAAACAAUUUAAAUCAGCUCUCAAGCAGCAGGACAUGGUAGAUACAGUAUUGUAUUUAGCAAAAGUGUAUUUUCGGUUGGAUCAGCCUUUGACAGCUUUACAUCUUUUCAAGCAAGGAUUAGAUAAAUUUCCUGGAGAAGUGACCCUUCUUUGUGGGAUUGCUAGAAUCUAUGAGGAAAUGAAUAACAUCUCUUUAGCUGCAGAAUACUACAGAGAAGUCUUAAAACAAGAUAACACUCAUGUGGAAGCCAUUGCAUGCAUUGGCAGUAACCACUUUUAUUCAGACCAACCUGAGAUAGCUUUGCGGUUUUACAGGCGUCUCCUGCAGAUGGGUGUUUAUAACUGCCAGCUAUUUAACAAUCUGGGCCUCUGUUGCUUCUUUGCCCAGCAGUAUGAUAUGACACUGACCUCCCUUGAACGUGCACUUUCUUUGGCUGAAAAUGAGGAGGAGGCAGCAGAUGUUUGGUACAACUUGGGGCAUGUGGCUGUGGGAAUAGGUGACCUGAACUUGGCUUACCAGUGUUUCAAGCUGACCCUAGCCAAUAAUAAUGACCAUGCAGAAGCUUAUAACAACUUGGCUGUGCUGGAGAUACGAAGGGGUCAUGUUGAGCAGGCAAGAGCAUUACUGCAGACUGCUUCAUCUUUAGCACCUCAUAUGUAUGAGCCCCAUUUCAAUUUUGCAGCACUCUCUGACCAGGUUGGAGAUCUCCAGAGGAGUUAUAUAGCUGCUCAGAAGUCAAAGGAAGCAUUUCCAGGUCAUGUUGAUACACAACAGCUCAUCAAACAGUUAAAACAGCACUUCGCCAUGCUUUGAUGCCAUAUUUCUGUCAUGUAAAAUAGCUCAAAUGAUUUUACAACAGAGAUACUAUAAAAUAUUUUACAAAAUUAUAGCAGAGAAUUAAAUAGGAACAAACCCUCCUUAUUAAAAGGCCUGUGUUUGGUUUGGAUAGCAGGGAAAGUUUAAAAAAUUCUGAACUGACUUGUAACAUAAUAGGCAAGACAUUUCACUUUUUACAUGUGGCUAGAACAUGCAUUGUAAUUAUUUCUGAGUAAAGAAUAAGAUAUUGCAACUCUGAUAGCAUCAGACAAUUCUCCAUUUAAUAUUCAGGAAGCAUUUUAAAGGAUUUUUUCCUGACUUUUUGGCAAGUUUUUAAUCUUCUUUGACAGUGCAGCAUUGAGGCAAAAAGGUUUCAUGUCUGUCUUUCAAGCAUGGCUUUUGAUACUGUACAUUCUUACUGAUUAGUUUGUGUAUUAAGUUAUUAUGAGUACAGUUUAUGAAUAAAUUUCUUGUUAUAUGAAGCAAAAACAUUAUAUAUUUUCCUUUAUAUUCUGUUGAUAUAAAAUAAAUUGUUCGAUAUGUU